AUGUCUCGAGCGUCAAAAUUGACGUUGGCCGCGACGGGCCUCGGCGCCGCGGGGAUCAUUUACUUUGUGCAUUGGUCUCAAGAACAAGAGAAAGCUUCUAUGCACAAAGGGGUGGAACGGGACAUGGAAAAGCAGCGCGUGCGACAAGAACGUCAGGCGGAGUUCGAGAUGCAGAAGAGACUCGAGGAGGAAUACAAGAAACUCCAAACCGUUUCUUCCAGUAUAGACGAGCCCAGUGGAGGAGGGAAGAACCCAGCUUAA